CAAUAAUCAAGACUUCGGGGCCGAAGGACUAUGUUGUUGAGGUCGAAGGCCAGUACAUUCACGAAGAUACCAGAAGCUGGUGGCUAACACCAACAUUUGCCAAAGGUGUGGGUGUGUUUGGUCUUGGAGUUGUAAGCGGUGUGGGGUUGGCGGCGUUGUACUCCUACUUGAACGGAUCCCAGGAUGGCUACUCCAGUGCCCGUGUUUCAGGGCCAGAGUACACGUACAAUCCUACUCCGUCCGAUGCUGCAACCCAUAGCCCUACUCCGUUGGACGCUACGAUAUACCACGACGCUACGGGAUACCACUCUACUUUGUCCGACGUUGCAACGCCUAUCGUGCUCGUCAGGAACGCUUCCGAGUGCGUCAGUUCCGGUGCCGAUAAGUGUGGCGUAGGACCUAUCAAGCCCCCAUUCGAUGGAGCAUCAAUGAUUUCAGCACAGGAGUUAGCUGUGCUGAAGGCGGGAUCGUGUAGGGAGGCAUUCGCUGAUCUCAAGGCACCACUGAUAGAAGCAACCAUGAACGGCUGGGAGCAGCUCGACUGGUCCGAUUGUGCUGACAGCGGAGGCUGGGUCAUCUGUACAGAUGACCGGAGCUCGAUAUCGGAGUGCUACAGCUUUGGUUUUCCGUACAGGUUCGAUUUCCCCACCGUCUGGGAGGCAGUUGUCCAUCGCCUGAAACCCUCCAAAUGCUCCUUCCGCUGCAACAAAAGGCUGGUAGCCUAUCGUAAAUAUUUGCAGCGCGGAUGGGUGCUAACAGAGUCUAUUGGCGAAGACCCCUUCCGGAGUAGUGAACGACACAUACACGACGUAGGGCUGGCAUAUCCCGGACUAGACUACUAUGGACAGAGCGGCUGUAGUCAAAGGUACGAAGACCACUGUGAGCCGCGCAUUUCAGGGGCAGAUUGUUAUUGCCCUGAGGCGACGUUCUGGGCCAAUGUCACUGCUCCGUCGGGCAAGAAAAUUCGAUGGGGCACGAUCAACCACAUCAAUACCUACGCGGAAGAUCUGAUACGCUAUUAUACCGCGUUUAAGAGACGAGGGUACAAAGUGACACAGUGCGGUUUUGAAUGCAGGAGAUUACAAAAGAGUAGUUUUGACGAUGCUUUACAUGUCACUCAGCUCGCGUUUUACCAUGGGCCCCUUGCCGGGGAGCCGCCCAUGAAUAGAUCACGUUACCUCGACAGUCUCUUCUUGUAG